AUGGUUACUAUACCACAAAUACAAAAAAUUGAGCCAUAUCGUGUCGUUCAUGAACUUAUUUCAAAACCAUUAGGAACAUAUAUUAUACGAGCUUCGACUAAAAAUGAUGAUAUAGUUUCACAAGUUAAAACUAAAUCAGAAAUAAACUCUCGUCCUUAUGUUGUUUUAUGUGUACGUGUUGAUGAAGCUUCCUAUCCAUGUCCAAUAAUGAAUUAUCGUUUACCAUUAAUCGAACCAAAUGGAGAAACAGAUCCCGUAAAUAUUUUAGAAGAAUAUAAAAGAAAUGAAAAUAAUUCUGAAAUCGAUGGAUUACCACAAUUACAACAAGAAUGUAUUGUUACAGAAGAAGAUACAAAUUGGGAAAUCAAACGAACUCUUUUUGACAAUAAAUACAUCUGUCUCUUUCCAUCUAAUAAUAAUAAUGAUGAUAUAGAAGGAAGUACAAUAUGUAAUUUUCAAGAUGGUAGAAUUGAAAUCAACGUAUAUAAUAAACGAAUUCGAAAUGAUGAACAAAGUUUUCAACAGGAAUUUUCAAUAUUAAAAAAUCUUUCUUAUUUUCAUAUUGUUUCAUUUUAUGGUAUCUGUUAUGAAUCAGAUCAAACUAAAUAUUUAGUAUUUGCAGAUAAUGGAAAAUCAUUAAAACUAUCAUGUCCGAUUUUUGAACAUACAGAAAGACUCUUAGUUAAAAGAUUGUCAAUGAUUGGAUAUCAAAUAGCUUGUGGAAUGAUUUAUUUAGAAUAUAAACAUAUUAUUCAUCGAGAUUUACAUGCAGGAAAUAUUCUUGUUGAUAAAAAUGGUUUUAUAAGAAUUGCUGAUUUUGGUCAUGCUAUUAUAAAAGAUGCCGAUGAUGAUGACAGAUUUCAGCUAUCAAUAAAGAAUUCAAAAUUGAACUUUCAAACACGUCGUUUAGCACCUGAAUGUUUAUCAUCACCACCUAAAGAGAGACAACUCACUGAUACAAUAAAAAUUCUAUUAACUAGAUUUUCCUCGAAAAGUGAUGUGUGGGCAUAUGGACUUAUAUUUAUAGAACUUAUGAUGAAGGAAAGCGAAGAUGUGUAUCCAUAUUUACCGAUUAAACGUAAUAAUGAUGACGAGGUUAUUCAAAUUAUUCAACAUGUUAAAUUAGACCACAGGAUACAUGAAAAACCAGAUUAUUGUCCUAAAAUUAUUUAUGAUACAUUAGAAAAAUGUUGGAGUUAUAAUUCUGAAGAUCGUAUUUCAUUUUGGGAUGUACGAAACGAAAUGGUGAGAUUAUUCAAAUCAUAA